AUGCUACAAGAGAUUAAAUAUUAUAGGUACUAUCUUAUUGUUAAAUUUAUGUGUAUUAUUUCACAGAUUUUUGAAAUAAAGGAAAACCAUUAUUUGUUUUUGUAUUUUACGAAAAAACGAUUUUGGCGACCGCUAUUGAUCAACGUCUGUUUAAUUAGUAUUCAACAAUUUAGUGGUCACUUUUCUCUAACGUAUAAACUUCAAUGUCUUUACGGAAUACUAUCUAUAAGUGAAAUUAUACCGACCGUGACUGACAUCUUACUUCUCCAACUUAUUACAUGUAUUAUAUGUUUAUACAUCGUCAGUGUUUUGGACAAGAAAAAUUUAUUAAUCAUUUCGGGAUUAGGAAUGGCAAUAACUUUAUCUUUAAUGAAUGUCGCAUACCAAAUAGAAAUUCAAGAUAAAGAUGAACAAUGGUUACCUAGUUUAAUUUUAAUUUAUAUUAUAUUUUAUUCAAUCGGAUAUGGUCCAGUUCCUUGGAUGUUAAUGUCCGAAAUAUGCCCAAGAUCAUCGAGAUUGUGGACUUCUGGCGUCACAGUCAGUUUAUACGCUUUCCUGAGUCUAGUCAAUAAUCAAUCAUUUUACGAAAACAUUAGACUAUAUUAUGUAAUGAACAUUUUCACUAUUGUAAGUGCAAUUGGUGCAUAUUUUGCAUAUUUGAAUGUACCAAAAAUAAAAGACUGUAUUCUUACAUAA